UUGCAUAAGAAAGUAUUCAAAGUGUUGUUCCACUCCUACCGUGAGUAAUGUUAAUGUAAAUGUGAAGAUCCAACACAUAUCCUUCUGCUUCCAUAUAUCUCUUCACCCUUUACUUGACAAGAAGUGAGACACGUAUUGAAUUCUCAUAUGUACAUCCAGGUGAAUGCUCGUGCAGUAGAUCCAAUCUCAAUAUAACCUAGCUGUAAAAGAGUGAUGGUAAUUGCUCCUAAAGAACUUUUUUUUUUUUUUUUUUUUGGGUAGAAAUUUGCUCCUAUAGAGAGAGAGAGAGAGAGAGAUUCCGUUUACUUUAACCUAUGUAUGUUGUUUAUGGCUAAUCCGAAGACUACAGAAUGUGUAGAAAAUCAAAAUAAUACUUAAAGAUAUUUAUUAAUAGAAUCUACUCCACGAUAUCAUUUUUUAUGUUUUUUUCCUUCCCCUUCUGAUUCAUCUUAGUUUAUAAAGAGACUGUAAUCGUGCUACCAUGACUAAGCAUAUGUUAAAAGAUUUUACAGCAGGAGAUGAUGUUGAAGGCUCCAAAUCCCACUCUCUUUAUUCAAAUUUCAUGUAGGGAUCCAUAAAAUGUUAACAGUCCAGUACUACUGGUUGAGUACCUUCACAGAAUCACAGGAAGGAACUUAUCAAAACCAAACAAUGUAAUGAGUCAACCCAAGACCUUGUGAUUUGUUGUCGCUAUGUUAAUUACUGUAAAUAAUGGAAGUACAAAGUACAAAUCAAAACCCACAAAAAUAAGAAGAAAAAAAUGUCAAACAUCUCUCAUCUCCAGUGCUAAAUGAGGUCUGCACGUUCUAAUAACAUAUAGCAAAUGGGUUUUAUUUAAUUCUGUUCUUGUUGAAUCUUAUGAAAAACACAGAUGAUACCAUAGCUUAUCUGAUUAUUUUAAACCCUUCUUGAGUUGAAGCAUAUAAAAGAAGUACUUUGUUGUUAUCUUGGAUAUUGGGUAACCAGUUUCUUAAAAGAAGAGAUGGACAGAAUUCUUGAUAUCCUCUUCUUGUUUCCUUUGUUGUUUUUGCUUCUUCAACCUUCUUCUUCCCAUCCCUUAUGUACUGACUCAACGGCACCCCUUACUCCAAAGACUCCUCUCACCUUCUGUCCUUACAAUGGGAGCAUCUGCUGUGACUCCAUCAAGGAUUCGCAGUUGCAAAAACAGUUUUUGUCAAUGAACAUCUCAGAUCAAGCCUGUGCUUCUCUUAUGCAAUCGAUUCUCUGUGCUUCUUGUGAUCAAUUCUCGGCGGAGCUAUUCACAAUUGAAUCUGGAGCUCGAACAGUUCCUGUCCUAUGCAACUCCACCAUCUUAGAGGAUUCAACCCAGUCAAACAGUUCUGCAGCAAAUGAUUAUUGUGGAACAGUAUGGGAUACAUGCAACAAUGUGACUAUGUUGAAUUCCCCUUUUAAUUCUUCACUUAAUCCCAAUUCCUCCUCCAAACUAACUGAUUUUUGGUCGUCAAAAAAUGAAUUCUGCAAUUUAUUUGGUGGAGCUUCUAGUAAUGAAUCGGUAUGCUUCAGUGGAGAAGCAGUUACACUUGAAAAUACGGAAAUUCAGGAUCCCCCUCCUAAUGGUCUGUGUAUUGAAAGAAUUAGCAAUGGAUCCUUCCUCAAUUUGGCUCCUCAUCCUGAUGGUUCCAAUCGUAUUUUCUUAGGGGACCAAAUGGGUAGAAUAUGGUUAGUAAGUGUUCCUGCUAUGGGUUCUGGGGAAACGAUAGUAGUCGAUGAAUCGAAUCCAUUUCUAGAUAUAACCAAUCAAGUACAUGUUAGUGAUUCAUUUGGGGUGAUGGGUAUUGCAUUUCAUCCAAACUUUGUCCACAAUGGCCGCUUCUUUGUUUCAUUCAAUUGUGAUAAGACUGAAUGGCCUGGAUGCUCUGGAAGAUGUUCAUGUAAUUCAGAUGUGAAUUGUGAUCCUACUAAGCUUGGUCUUGAUGGUGGCUCCUUCCCAUGUCAGUACUAUACUAUUGUCUCAGAAUUUACAGCUAAUGGUACCAAUGCACAGAUACUUUCCUCAAUGGCAGAAGCAAGCAGUCCCACUGAAGUCAGAAGGAUAUUUUCCAUGGGUCUUCCAUUUACAAAUCAUCAUGGUGGCCAGCUUCUCUUUGGACCAGAAGAUGGAUAUUUAUACUUUAUGAUGGGAGAUGGUGGAAAAGAUGAUCCCUAUAAUUUUGCCCAAAACAAGAAAUCUGUGCUUGGGAAGAUUAUGAGGCUCGAUGUCGAUAACUUACCAACUGCAAAAGAAACAACUCAACUUGGUCUAUGGGGAAACUAUUCUAUACCACAAGAUAAUCCAUAUUCUGAAGAUCCGACAUUGCGACCUGAAAUUUGGGCGUGGGGAUUCAGAAAUCCUUGGCGUUGCAGUUUUGAUGCAGAAAGGCCAGAAUACUUUAUGUGCUCAGAUGAUGUCGUGUCCACAUAUGAAGAGGUGAACAUGAUAACAAAGGGCGGGAACUAUGGAUGGCGUACCUACGAGGGUACUUAUCUUUUCAAUACUACAGAUUCACCUGGAGGACAUACAUCACCCAAAUCAAUAAAUGCCAUAUUCCCUGUAAUGGGAUACAACUUCUCUGAGGUAAAUAAAGGCGACGGAUCAGCAGCUCUCAUAGGUGGCUACUUCUAUCGUUCUAUGGCUGAUCCAUGCAUGUAUGGAAGGUACUUGUUUGCAGACUUGUAUGGUGCUGCUAUUUUCGCAGGAACUGAAACCCCAGAGAACAGUGGAAACUUCACUCGUAAUCAGCUUCCUUUCAGUUGUGCUCUUGAUUCUCCAUUGAAAUGUGGCUCCACAGCAGAUGGUCUCCCUGAUUUGGGUUUCAUACUUUCAUUUGCAGAGGACAAUAGUAACGAUAUUUUUCUCAUAACUGCAAAUGGUCUGUUCAGAAUUGUUCAACCAAGCCGCUGCAACUAUGCUUGCUCAAAGGAGCAGAUUACAGCACCGUUGAGUCCAGCAGCCAGUCCUUCAUAUUUAUCAUCUGGGAUUCAGUUGAGAAGACAACCUUAUGUCCUGGAAGCUUUCUUCUUUUUGUUGUUUCUUAUGCUUGGUUUUAUGUUGUAAAGCUCUUCCAGAUUAUUGUUCUAUAUGCACCCAAGCGAAUACUAUAUUCUUUCU